GUUAAAAGGACCCAUGUUGUCAUUUCCUCCCUAGUCCCUUCUUCUCUGUGGUCAAAUUUUCUGGUUCAAUUCUACUCCGAUGAAUAAGAUGGUAAAACCAGCGGAUUCCGCCGCUGCCGCCGGUGCUAUGCCGCGGUCAGAACCUCUCGAGAUACAUUCCCAGGAAUCGAUAUUUGUCAAUCUUCGCAAACUCUCCGACGGCCUCUCUGCGUUCCAGCGAUGCUUGACUGAUCUAGAACAACACAUUGAUUCCGUCCGGACCUCAAUCGGCUCCUCUAUGCUACUACUGCGAAACAAUGAACAGUCAACUAAUAACACUCCGUCAGCAGCGGCACUCACACCCCCACAGCCAGAACCAGAACCAGAACCAUCUUGUGAAUCUGACCCUUCUGAGGUGGAAGAUGAAGAUGAAGAUGAAGAGGAAGAGGAAGAGGAAGAGGAAGAGGAGGAGGAGGAGGAGGAGGAGGAGGAGGAGGAAGCGAAAUCCCCUUGUCGUUCAGAGCUGGAAAUCCUGUGCGAAACGAUGAACAGCAUUGGUCUGAAGGAAUACAUGAUAACGCAUCUCUCAGAUAUAAAUGGACUGCGUGAACAAGUCCCUAAGGCAUUGAAACUCUCGCCCAAUCCUGCUAGGCUUGUAUCGGAAUGUAUUAACAAGGGGGAAAGCGAGAGGUAUGUUAAUAGCUCAAGAUCAUUAGCUUCUGUAUUGGCUUUGGAGUGCUUGUUGUUGGCUGCUGUUGAGAAUGACAAAGGGGCUAAGGAAGACGCGGAGCUGGCAGCUUUAGCAUGGCGGGAGAGAAUGAUUUGCCAAGGAGGAGUAAUAAAGGCUCACGAAAUGGAUGCCCGAGGUUUGUUGUUGCUCAUUGGGUGUUUCGGGAUUCCACAAGCAUUUACAAAUCUGGACAUCAGAUAUUUGGUUACGGUUAGUGAUGCCUGGGUAAUUGCUGGUGCCCUCAGGAGAUCAAGUGUUCUCAUGGAAAAGAUCCCAGAAAUAAUUGAGUGGAUGUUGAAGCAAAAUAUAGUAGUUGAGGCCGUUGACAUUGCCUAUACUUUUGGAAUGGAGGGGAGAUUUAACCCUCGUAGACACUUGACAUCAUUUUUACAUAACUCUGAAGUGUCAUUAUUGAACAACGCUAAGGGUCUUGAACAAGGUAUUACUGUGCGUUCAGAUAAAAAGAAGCACUUGUCUCAUCUGAAAUCUGUCAGCGAAUGUUUGGGACGUCACAAGAUUGAUCCUUCGAAACUCCUUCCUGGGUGGCAAAUCAAUACGAGAAUAAUGAACUUGGAAAAAGAAAUUGCUGAAUUGAAUAAGCAUAUAGGUGAGAAAGAACUUGCUGAAUUGACUAUGCGUAUAGGUGAUCAGAAGAUGGCACAAAAGAGAAAAAAUGAUGAGAUUGAGUCGUCGUCUUCUGGUAGUUUCAGCAACAAAGAAAUGAGACACUCACAUUUUCCAAAUCCAAAUCCAUGGCCACCACAACAACAAAGAGUUGUUAAUCAUGUUGCUGAUAGCAAUAACACCUUAUUAGGAGGUGGUGGAACUGCUGGCCACAUUUAUGGUUAUUCUCUAUCCCCAUCAGUAUUGCAUGGAACUGUUGCAGGCUCGAUACACGAAAAUGUUGUUGGCUCACUGGCAGGACCUGUGGGAGGUGUUGUGGCCAUGGAUGGAGCUGGUGCAGGUAAAUCAGUGCAAGGAGGUUUAGGUGUUGAUCAUAUACCCGGGCAAAUAGGAGGUCAUAUUGGUCAGUUAUAUGGAUCGCAUGGUGAUGCAGCCGUGUAUGACAAACUGGCGUCCCACAGCUAUGCUUAUAGGCCAUCAUCCUACUUGGAAGGCUCAAGCUCUACGGGAUUGCCAAGCACCAUUCCCGGUGAUGCCUAUAGGCCAACAUACACCGAAAGCUCUAAGGCGUUUCCAAACACCAUAUCUGGUGAUGCCAAUAGGCCACCACCAUACUUGGGAGGCUCUGCGGGGUUGCCAAACACCAUAGCUGGUGACGCUUACAGGCCUCCACCAUACUUGGAAGGCUCUAUAGGGUUGCCAAACACCAUACCUGCACCAUAUCAGUUUGCUGAUACUGUUCCAGCAACUGAAAUACACCGAAGCAGUGGCUCACGAGCAGUUGAUCAUGUUCCAUCUGCUGCAGUUGCUCAUCCUUCAUCCUACUUGUACUGGAAGAGAUAGUUUUGUGUUGGGCAGGCAUUACUUUCUACCUUAGUUUCCCUCCUUGUAGUAUAGCCAGUGUAGAAGUGAUUUUGUGCACAGUCUCCUUUUUUUUUUUUAAAAUUUAUAUUUCAUGAGCUACUAAAAACCUCUGGCCAGUUUUCAAGGCUUAGCAUAAAGACGUCUCAAUUCAACCUGGAAAAAUGUCAUAUGUCCGGAAAGAUUUAAAACUUACAAUAUAAAAAACCACGCAAAAGCAAUAAAUAACUGAUUAACUUCCCUUUACUUUCUCCUGCAUUUCAUUUCCCUCCCUUCUAUCAAACAUGGUCUUUUAACAUUUCUUUGCUUUUACUUUCCCUCAUCCAGUCAAGCUGGUCACACUGGUUCCUUGGAAAAUCCAAGGUCAUGGGUUCGAUUCCUCAAGCAUGCAUCUUCCUCUUUUUCCAAGUUCUUGUUUUUUUGCCCGAGAUGAAAUUAAAUGGAGAAACAUGGUUAGUGAGGAUUCAUAUAGCCAAUCCCGCUUUGUUGGGACUGAGUCGUAGUUGUUGUUUGUUGUUUUUCUGAUCUGUUCAAUUGUUGACAGUCUAUGUGGGCAUGCACACUUGUAUAUCCUGUUUGUCUCUUCAUUCAUACGGGUAAAUGUUGGACCUGCAUCUUUUUAGCUGUUCCUUUGGUGGUAUAAAAUGAUAUACUUUUCUUGUAUUUAGUUUUCAAUGUGUUGAACUUUUGAUUUUCUUGUAUGGAUUGUCUGCACAAGGUUGUAAUUUAUUGCUUGCUGUGAAGUGUCUGAUCUUUGGCCAUUGAGCUAUUCAGCCUGAGAAUCUGAGCAUGAUUCUCAUAUUUAUUGUCUAGAAGAUACUUUUUUUGUAGUUGACCUUCAACAUAUGAGCCAAUCCUUUUGACUUGGGAUUUGGGAAUUAAAUUUUUAUCUGUGUUUCGUUGCUUAACUAGGUGAUUGUGUGUGUUAUAUUUGAUUGCUGUGAUGUGGAACGGCUGAAGGUGAUGUAGAAUGGCUGUGAUGCAGAACGGCUAAAGGUGGUUGAGUCUGUUAUAUUCAAUUGUUGUUAUUCUAACUUUGCUUCUUAGUUUUGGGCUGCAGAUACACAUUAUCUGGAAAUCACAUUUACAAUUUGUUUUUGGUUUUGUAUUUCAUACUGCAGGUAGAGUUUGACUUCAUUAACAUCUGCAAGUUUUUUUCUAUGCAGUCCACCUGUUGCAAUGCAUAUAACAUUUUUAUUGCUCCUGAAGUCAAAGUCUUUCUUAGUCAUAAAAACACCUUUUUGUUUCCCGGUGGUUACAGAGGGAACUCCACUUGUGUGAGCUUGCUCACAUUGACCGGUCCUAAGUAGACAACCAGCAAACUAGUCAAUAUACUGAAUCCUCACAUUACAAGAUAAGACAGACUAAAAUUUAUCGACAUGGACAUUGAGAAUUUACAUAGCCGAUCUCAACUUGCCUGGGGUUGAAGUGUAGUUGUUUGUUAGUUACAGGGGGGAUUGAUGGGCAAAACCUUGGCCUGAAGUGUUGAAAAAGCAAUCUUUGACCUCAGGAUUGUCCAUAAAUUAUACCCUUGACCAUCAAGCCCACCCUUUCUGAUCGUACAUAUUCCCACUAGUAAAAAUAAUGUGUAGAAAUCUAUUCCUGUUGGUUAAUUGGUUUUGGAUUGUGUAGAAAAGACAUGCCAAAUAUAUUAAAUUGAUGCACUUUUGGAUUUUUAAUGGAAGUGAUUGUGCUCUGUGAUAUUUCCUGGUUUACUCAAUGGCUGGACUCUUGAUAAUGAAUCUUAUGAUGUGGAGGGUAGUUACUUAAAUGGUUUGACUAGAAAGCUUCUUGCUUGUUAGAAUGUUAUUUGUUACUUAUAUAGUACUAUCUUGUUGGUAAUUAUUUUUUUUGAUAAUCUAGUAUCUUGUUUAGUAAUAUAUUUAAUUUCAAUAUUCGGUGCUUCUUGCAUGAGUUUAGCAUAUUUGAUGGACCUGUUUUUUUUCUUAUCUGGUUAAUGUAUUGUCUGGUUUGCUAAGAUCAAGAAUAGUAGGUUUAGCUUUUUAGACAUUUGACAUUUAUUAUUUUUCAGUUGAGGAUAAGGCAGCAGCGUGUAUUUGGUUGUACACCGGUUGAGGGGCGGGGGUUUCUGCUGGAUUGGUUGUACACCGGUGUGUAUAAAUCAUUUUCAUCUGGAUGAUUCAGGCUACUAAUAGGGAAAGAAAUUGCGGGUGAUGGUGUGAUUUUGAAAAUCCCUUGCUUAUUUAUUCUGUUAUUGGUACGAUUGAUGGAACCGUCAUUCAAACGCCAGUGUAUUUAUUUGAUUGUCUCUAUCUCUCUACUUUUAACCAGGAUAACGAGUAUAUUAAAUUUAUGAAUAAAUUUGGCAUGUCACGUGUUUGUAUAAUAUAUUCCUCAUUCCGUGCUGUGAAGUAGUUUUCGUUACUAUUUGUUGUAUAUUCGUUGGUCACCAUUGAUGGUUGGUUGGCGCGAAUAUGAAUGAGAGAGCUUUGGUUCCUUCCUUUGGUAAGUACCAAUAAAUACAUAGUCUUCACGUGUGUGUAUUUUACAGGUAUUUCUCGCUUCAUGCGGUGCUACAAUUUUCCUGUAACAUUUGUUGUUUAUUUGGUGUUUCAGGUACUAAAAGUCGCUUUCUGUUGGUUAGCAGUUUACGUUUGUUGGAAAAAAUACGCAUGAGAGAACUCGGGCUCCUUUCUAUGUUGUGUGUUGCAUAUACAGAUCAUACAAUGCCACCAUUGAUUUUUGUUGCGGCAAAUCCUUGGCAUUUCAAAAGUCCUUUUUGCAGUGAUGUAAUGGGUGUAAUAUGAUAAAUCAUGACUGCUUGUUUCUCCCCCACCUUUUUUUUGGUAAUGGCAGUGCGUGCCAAUGUGCAAGGCCUUGAUCUCUUGCUUUAUCUCCCUCCGUCUGUUUUCAGGUUUGUAAUAACAGAGUAUCAAAACUAUCAUAAAUGUUAUCUUCGACAACUCUUGUAUAACUUCUUAUUGUGUUUCCUGAUCAUUAUCUAUGACUUCAUGAUCUGGCCCUCA